AUGCUACUACGACAUGCUCUCAGGCCAUUAGCUCGACGACGAUGGUAUAGUACUAAAUUCCAACAACCAAACUCUGCUGAAGUCACUGCUCUUCUGGCGCAAUAUGGGACUGCUGCUCCUCGACCUCUGAAUCUCUCCCAGUUACUCUCGUUUGGCCGACCAGUAACACCAGACUCGGUACUCUCUUCUGUCUCCUAUGUCCUCUACGAGCUGCCGAGGAGGCUGGCUACCCGUGUGCGGUACCUAGAGUCUCUACCGUUCAUUGUGGGUACGAACCCAUAUGUGGCCAAGACGCUGAAGGCGUUCAGGGAGGGCUUUUGGGUGCUGGCGACGCACCCACCUGUGACGAACCUCGAGGAGAAUGAAAAGUUCCAAGAAUCGGCGAAAUACAUGUCGUUUGAAGAUAUCAAUGCCUUCUUGGACGGCGCCAUCCGCAACCGCAUUUCUGUCCGACUCAUAGCUGAACAACACAUCGCUGUGACAAGGGCGUUACACGAUCCACCACAGGACGGGAAGGAUGUGGGUGUAAUUGACACGAGGUGUAGUCCGAAGGAGAUGGUGGAUGUGUGCGGGUCGUUUGUGGGUGAUUUGUGUAGGGCGACGUUGGGUAGCGCGCCCGAGAUUGUGGUGGACGGCUAUCCUGAAGCUACUUUUGCCUAUAUUCCGGUUCAUUUGGAAUAUGUCCUCACGGAGCUACUCAAGAACUCGUUUAGAGCGACGGUGGAACAUCAUGCGCGCUCGAAGGAGCGCGGAUCUCUCCCACCUAUCCAGAUUACCCUAUCUCCUCCCCCUGCCUCCUCUCAUUCUGGACACAACGUCGACCGCCCCAACUUCUUCUCAAUCCGCAUACGAGAUCAGGGUGGGGGAGUCUCAAGACAGCAUUUGGAAAGGAUAUUUUCGUAUGCGUUUACGACGGUCAAGACGGGUGAUGAUGAGGGUCCUGAUUGGGAUACGUCGGAUAGCAGAGAGGAUGAGCCAUUCUUGGGUGUCAUGACACAGAGGACGUUGCAAACUGGCCUGGGCACCAUCGCUGGUCUGGGGUAUGGGUUGCCCAUGAGCAAAUUGUAUACCAAGUAUUUCGGUGGCUCAUUAGACCUUAUCUCGCUUGAAGGAUGGGGCUCUGACGUCUACAUCAAGCUGCGCUGCUUGGACGAAGCUGGAGAUUCGAAUAUUUGA